AAGACACCCAAGAUGCCGUAAAGUGUCAAAAUGCCCGCCAUCGCAAAAAUAAAUAAAUAAAAUAUGUCAUCUGCUUAAUUUCACGCCCAAUCGCUAUUAUGGAUUUUUAUUUGCCAUCGGAUAUUGCAAGAGUGGUACUUAGUUACUUGAAGGAGAAUAGUUACACUAAAACAUACAAUUGUUUUAUGGAAGAAUGCUCUUUACUGCAAGAGUAUUGCAUGCUUGUGAAGACUGGACGAACUCCAAGGAUUACUCAUCUUCCUCAACUGGGCUCCAUUUUGGAUGAGUGGGGAAAGCUGAAACAGAGUGAGAGAGUCUUUGAGAAACAGGACCUUUCAAUUCAGUGCAGUCUUGCUCAAGAACACCACCUUCUGAUCAAUGAUGUGACUAAAUUAACAAGUGUUUCACCUUUGAAAAGCAUUUCCAAUCAGCCAGAAAGGCAGACGUUCUCCAAAUGCAGGGCACCUUCAGGUGAAAGAAGUGACAAAACGACACCACAUAAUGGCAAUAUAAGAGCUACUCCACAGUCUAAAAAAGUUCUUUUUUCACCAAUACCAAAAUCUGCAAGUGACUUAAAAACCUGGAAUGAUGACUGUGAUUCUACAGCGGAAUCUUUAACUACAAACUCUUGUCUGAAAAGUCAUCAUGUUGUAUGCCCAUCAUCUACUCUAGAACUGAAUGGUAAUGUGGAUACUGAUAAUGACCACUGUGCUUCUAGCAGAACGGCUGAGAAUUUUGCCAUAGUAAGAACGCCUAGUAUUGUGAGUGCGUUAGACAGGUCUGAAGUGUCAUUGGCUAACCAUGAGGAGGGCAGCCAUGAUGAGGGCAGUCUGGAUAAGAAAAGCUCUAGCCACAAUGCACCCUGCACUCUUGCAGACAACACUUCAACUUCUAUAGCAGUGGCCCCAGAUGUUACUCCUAAGAAGGCAGAGCUGCCUCUGGACAAGGCAUGGGUUACACCUGUCAAACUACUGCUGCAGAAUGAGGCAAACAAGUCGCCAAGAAGAAAGAAGCCCAAGACUCCUAGGAAGCGUGUCAGUGACGGCCAUACACGGAGCGCAGAGGCUGCUGCAGACAGGCAGGUGGACACGCAACCCUUCUUCCAGCAAAUUCUGUCUGACACUCGACUUCAUGAGAAGAUUGCAGAGACCUGUAACUCCUUAGUCUCUGGAGGUUUAAAACACAGCUCACGCCAUGGUGACAAAUCUGCAAUUAAAGAGAGUGCUAAUCUCCGGAAACUGUCAGCUGAGGAACAGGAGACCUUGUUUGCAUGCAAGUCAUUGGAAGAAGUUCUUGAAACGGGUUCCGACCUCGACAUGCUUGAGAAGUUUGAUAUGAGUGAUCCGGUGUACGAGACCUUGUUCAAAAUGUUUGGCACAGAUAGAACCACAUUCUUAGAGGGCUUGCGUAAGGAGAAGUCUGAGUCUGAAAUACAGGCAGAAAAUGAAGAACUGGAGCGGAGCAUACAUGAGAUCUACGAGGAAUGUGCAAGCAUGGCAGCCAACUCUCCCCACUUGGUUGCCUCCCAGCAGGAGCUACUGGGCGCCACUGCCCCAUUCACCCCAUUGCUGAGAGUUCACAAACUAGUCUCCAAGGCUCCUCAUACAUCUGCCUCUGAGGGAAGCUCCCCAGUCUACCAUCCUGAGAGCCCUUUUAGGCACAGCAACCCUGCAACACCAAUCCAGCAUGAUCCGUGCCAGUCAUACUCGGACUCAGUGCAGUUGUCAAGUCCAAACUCCCAUCAUCAUCUACACUCAACACCACAUGGGCCCUCUGCUGUGAAAAAACAUGCAAACCACAAAAUAUGUAGUGAAAACAUUCUCUCCAACUGCAGUCCUCUUGUUAAAGGUGACCUUUGCCCAGGUAGCCCAAUCAUGAUGCAGACAAAUGCUCCACGGACUAGAAAGAAUAUCGUGUUUUCUUCUGAUAACAGUGGGUCAUACUUCAGUUCAAUUGCUGCCAGUCAGGCUCAGACAUCAGUUGAACAAAGCCAGCCCUGCUUUGCUGCCCUGGCUGCCACAGGGCCCUCCCAGUCGGGUGUGGCCCAGCAGGAGAUGCACACUGGAUUCCUCCAAUUCCUCGGGGAGACCGUGGAGCAGAUGGACCUGGGCUCAUCAACUCUGCCUGGGACUUUGGUAGCACAGCCCCCAUGCUCUACCAUAGAGAACUCCAUCGACUGUAUCAGCCUACCAAAACCCAACACUACUACUGUGGGGGCCAGAGCUCAUGGUCAGGGUAUGGGCAAAAAGGGGGGAAGGAGAAAACAGUCAACAAAGAAAUCAAAAAAAGGUCAAGUGAAAUCCGAGACUCAGUCCUUCUCUACUCUGAAGGGUCUACUGGAGAAACCUCAGCUAUCUCGCAAUGUGUUUCCUUUGUCACUGACACCCAAGAAAAAUGAGCCUUCAGCAUUCACCAAUCAGAACAUAACAAUCGUGUCCCCAGGGGUUCCAGAAUUGACAUUCCGUUGCUGGAAUGUGCUGAUGCAGUAACUAAUAAAGCAGCCACAACUCAGUCACUUCAAACUAUUAGUAUCUGGAACCAAAGCUGUACAUCAACUGCACAGUGUAUAGUAACCCAGAAUGUGAAUCUACCCAGUACACAUGAUGUAUACACUUCUGGGCCAGCUGAAAUUUCUGUUAGUGAAUCAACAGACAGUAUUGUUUCUAACACUGUUGAACUGUCGAGUGUUCAAGAACGCAAGAAAAGUUACAGGGGAAGAAAGGACCAUAGUAUGUCCUCAAGUCCAAGAAGUGGAAAGUCUGUUGAACUUGAUAUGAGUGACAAGCUGAUAGCUACACCUAUUCUUCAUAACAGUGUUGUGGACAGGGCGCAUGUGAGGAGUUUACACUUUGGAGCAUUAGCUGAUGAUCCCAAUAUAGCACAGUUCCGAAAAAUUAAACCAAAACUUGCUGAGGACAGUAUUGCACCAAGAGUGAUAAUUGUGCAUGCAAGCCAGUUUGUGCCUACUACCACCCCUGUGCUAACUCAUGCAGUGCCACAGCUGAUUCCUGUACCAACUAAGCCUGAUGAAACCAUACUAACAGGCAGUAACAAGUCAUCUGAAAGUCAGAAAAGCAACUCUGAAAGUAAAUCACCAUUAAAGACACCAAACAAAAAUAGCCACAGAACAGGUGUCUUUAAAGGAGAGGUUUCUAGAAGCAAUGGUGACACUUUAAUGAAUAUUAGUUCUGUUAUACAAUCAAAAAGUCCACAGACCAUGUGUGAAAUUAAGGACUGCCAAAAAGAGCAAAAUUCAAGUGUUGAAUCCUGUGCAAUUGGGAUUUAUGAAAGCAAAGGUGUCAAUAAGGUUGCUGCAAAGGAAAAACAACAUAAAAAGACAUCAUUUGAAAACAACAGUAAAGAAUUAAGAAACACGAAAAUAGAAGAUAAAAAAAAUCAAAUUAUAGGUCACGAUCAAGUGCAAAUGGAAGACCAGAAUAAAAGUGAACAUGAUUCUCAAAAACAAUGUAUUAGCCAAGGUUUAAAUCAGCCCAAUGAAGUCACAAGGAAGGAGUCUAAUGAUGAAAAACAAAAAGAAACAAAUAAAAGUGGAAUAAGGAAAAACAGAAAGAGUGUAAACAAAUUAAAAGUAAAGAUUCCAUCUGUAUCAAGAACUAAUGUAAAUCUGAAAAGUCCUGAAAUUAAAAAAAGUCUAGUAGUGUUCACCAAGAAAAAACAUGCUCCUGUGGGUGAUGUUGAAAGCAACUGUGCAACUGCAGAUGAUUUGCCUUUAGCUGUGCUAAGAAAGCAAAUUAAACAAUCUACAAAUGGGGUUAAGAAAAGUGGCGACAUGGUUGAAGGAAGUCAUGCCACUAAAGAAUGUGAUAGCAGUAGAAAUAAAAUGGGGUCAUUUUUAUCAAAACAACAAACAAGUUACAAGACACAUACAGAUAAGGACUUUGGAAGCAAUCAGAAUACAAAGAUUAAAAGAGAAACUUGUUCAACAAAUGGUGAUCAUGAUCGUAAUAGAAAGUCAAAUGAUAAUAAUUACACAAUCAGGAACAUAAAUAGUAACAAUAAAUUGACAGCUGCUAUUGUUAAAGUAGAAGACAUUACUGAUAAGGUCUGCUGUUUAUCAAAACAUCGCCAAUAUAGUGAACCUUCUACUCCAAAGAAGCAAGUGUCGGAAUCGGAAGAAGUAACCCCAAGCAAGGAACAGAUGUUAGAAAAAGUAGGCCUGACACCUACAAAGUCAGUUUCUGCGACAAUUUCACCAAAAAGGGCAAGUGUACUGGAAUUCCUGUCUGAUUGGAGAAGAUCACCCUCAGCUAAAACCAAAACUCCAAACACUAGGAGUAAACAGAGAAAGCUGGAGGAGAUAAUGAAGUAUCCUUUAACGCCAAGAAGAAGGUCUUUGUUCAAAUCUCCUACAAGCAGUACAAAUGAAAUAAUCACUGAAAAUAUUGAUGACAAACAAAAGUCUGAAAAAACUGUUAAAAGAGUAAACAACAUAUUAGGAAAGCUUCAUAAAAACAAUCCAGAGGAUAAUCUUAUUUCAUGUGUAAAAGACAGAACAGAAAUUGUGAAGGAGACUCUCCUUGCUGACAGUGAUCAGGCAUUAGAUGGUCCAUGCCAGAGGUUGUUUGCGAUUGAUACCAAUACGGCAAAAAUCAAUAAAAAUCUUAAAUAUAACAGAGUAACCAUAUCAGAUGACAUCAAAUCUCCUGAAAAAGAAUGUGAAGAUGAAAGCUUAGUCAAGACCAUAAGUGAAUCUGUUUGUAGUGAAAAUAACUUAGGAGAUAUUGAUGAACUUGAAACAAGUGUUAAUAACUUAGUUGACAUUAUGGAAAAAGAUGUUCCAACCAAAGCGGCUGCUUCUAGCAUUAUAGAUACAGAUUUUAGGGAAAAUAGUUUUACUGACAUGAAUUAUAAGUUUACAAUAGUUAAAGAGACUUCUUCUCAAGUGCCAUUAGUAGAGGGGGGUAAACACAUUUCUAGUGAAUUACACACUGUUGAAAUAUCAUUGAAAAAUACUUCAAUUUACCAAAAAACGUUGAUCAUGGAAAAUGCUGCCGCAAAUUUGAACAAGGAAAAUAUUGGUGGUAACCAAGACAACUGUGAUCAUAAAUCAUGUGAUUUAUGUGAACCAACAACAUCAGAACUAUUGGAAGAGAUCUCUGUCAACAGUAAUAAUAGUUUGAAUACAAAGAUUUUAAGAGAGGUGCCUGAGAGGCAUCAUAAAAAGAAGAGCAAACACAAACACAGACAUAAACAUUCUCAUGACAAAAGUAAUGAUGAAAACAGUGAAUUUACCAAUCACAGAAAACAUGUGCUCAGUGUUAGUGAAGAGGGCGAGCCGAAGCACAAGCCUCGCCCCAGACAGUCCAGGAGUGAUCCACAUGGAACGGAGCUAGACAUGGCCAGUUCUGAGGGCGCCAGGCAGUCAGCUCUGGUGGAUGAACAGGGGCAUACACAUGGACAAAACAGUCACAAGGAAGAUACUGGGCUAACCUCAGCAGAUGCUGCAAGGGACAGGCUGAGAAACGACCAUCAACAUGGUGAUGCUGGACCAGGUUCACAUAGGGCAAAGAGAAAGAGAAGUCAUUCACCACCAGGAAGUCAUACGACCAAACGACUAAGAGAAGAGAAAAGCCUGGCAGAACUGAACAUUGAUGAGGCACUUUCAAAACUGUAUUCUACCUAACAUUCGUGCUGUGGCAGUCAAUUUUACAGAGACAUGUUGCGCAUCAACACUAAUUUCAAAACGAAAAUAGUCAUCUUUGGUUCAGAAUUUGAAAAAAUUGUGGUUAAAUCAAAUGUGCAGAAAAUGCUUAAAACCAGAAAUUGAUAUUAUUUGAACAACAAGUCAACAUAACUUGUAAUUUCAUUUAUGUGUUAUGUUGUGUUCUUGGUAUCACACCAUGUAACUAUAGUUUUAAUCUACAAAAUUAACGUUUGAGGUUUGUUGCAAUGCAGUUUUGUUAUAUGAUAGUAUAUUGGUGUACACAUUUUUAGGCCUCCCCUUCAAAGAACAGGGGGUGUAAUGUUUUUGCUGGAUGUUAGUCGGUCUGUUGGUAGACCUCUUCUUUUCCAAUCAAUAUGUUGCCAACAAAUGGAUCGAUUGGCUUGAUACUCCACACAUGCAUUGGCCUUGGACAGUAGAUGACUCUUUUGAAAUUGUGGUCACUAGGUGAAAGGUCAAGGGCACUGUCACAAUAUGUAUGAAAAUAGUUUACGAUCAAUAGCUCGUCAAUGAAUUGACUGAUUGGCUUAAUACUUCACACUCAACACAUUGACCGAUUGGCUUGAUACUUCACAUGUGCAAUGGCCUGAUAUAAUGGAAGUAGAUGACCCCUAUUGAAUUUAGGGUCAAUAUCACUGUGACAAUAAGUGUGAAAAUCAUAUCCGAUCAAUAACUGUCAACCAAUUGGCUCGUGAAAGUGGAUGACCCCUAUUAAAAUUUUGGGUCACUAGUUCAAAGCCCUGUUUGGGGGGAGGGGGGAAGGGCAUGUCUCCCAACGCGGAACUCUUGUAUUUUUAUGGUCAGGAAGUUUAAGCUGUUGAAGAAAGUAAAUUUAUGUUGUCUUCAAUUUUGCUGUUUUAUUUGAUAUUUUGUUGUCUUAUUCAUGAUAAUGCCUAUUGAAAAGUAUGAAAAUUGUAUUUAUUGUAUACUUUCUGGUGGUUUAUUGAGAAAUAUCAGUGAAUUUUUAACUAAACAGUCACUGUUUAAAGCAGUGAAAAUUGUCGUAAAUUUUCAUUUUCAACAACAAUAGGAUUAGCUUCCUUUGAUUAUACAUGUAAUGACAUUCCAGAGCGCCCAACAGGGAAUAAGAUUGUUUGGGAUGGCAAAAAUACACAAAUGUUAUUUGUAAGCAUAAAAUAAAAUUAGUUGGAUCCGGUGAAAUAUCAAUUUUAAUUCACUAAUGAUCAACAAUAAUUUUUUUCUAUGUUCACGAGUGAAUUUAAGUUGAUAUUCCAAAGAAUCCAACAUGUGUCCUCUAUUUAUUCUAAUUUUGCAAAUCAUAGCUUUAAAAUCACAGAAAUAACCCUAAAUCAUUUAUCAUGCAAAGUUUACAUAAGACUUAUAAAACAUUAACAAAUAUUUACUGUAAUUUGUUUUUAGCUUACCUGAGCACAAUGUUGUGAUCGCCUUUUGUCCCUUGUGAAUUGUACCGCGUCAACAUUUGCCUUGUUAACACUAUAGAGGCCACAUUUAAUGUCUAAUCUUCAUGAAACUUGGUAAGAAGAUUUAUCCCAAUUAUAUCUUGUACAAGUUCCAAAAUGGUUCUGGUUGCUUGAAAAACAUGGCUGCCAGGGGGCGGGGCAUUUUUUCUUAUAUGGUUAUUGUAAAACCUUGUUAACAUUCAAGAGACUACAUUUAUUUCCAAUCAUCAUGAAAGUUAGUCUGAAGAUUUGUCCAAAUGUUAACUUGGACGAGUUGGAAAAUGGUACCGAUUGGUUAAACAUCUUUGACAAUCCUACCACUUGAACUCUGGUCAGCAAUUUUAAGCCAGCAUGUCACUAUUUUUUUUAUAUGAAUUUUAAAGGUUUGAUUAUAUGGCAUAUGAUUGUAUUAAAGUUGGAAUUCAAUUGAUCAGUUGUCAGUGUAGCCCAAGAAGCUCAGUAUUCAAUGGGUCAGUGAAAUUUGUUUAAAACCUUAUUAUGUUUUAUAUAGUCACCUGAAUAGUGUGUGUAAAAGGAAUGUGUUCAAUACAUUUCAAAAUGGAACAUACAUGUUAUAUAUCCUCCUAAGGAAUGUUUAGUUAUGCUACAUUUGCAUAUUUAGUUGUUGCUUGAUAUAAAAGAUUCUAUUUUAUACAUCAUAACGAAUCAAAUAAGGCAGCCUUUUAAAAAUUCAGCAAUUAUUACCACUGGCAUUGUCAUCUCUUAUGUUAAUAUUGCUGGUUAAGUGAUGCCAAACAAAACAUCCGUAUAUGGUAUCCUUCAUUACUUGAAAAAUAUACUCCUUAAAAUUUGCUAAAGAUCACUUUUUGUUUUCACAUUAUCUUCAAUUCAAUUUAAUUUAAUUUGUUAUUUUGGAGGUUUUGAUAUUAGAAUGUGUGUUUUGAUUUUAUUUUUAUGUAUUGAUUUAUCAUUGAUGCGUGGUGCUGGCUAGGGGUGAACUUCAAAUUACACAUACUAUAAAAAGUGAUCCUUAGCAAAUUUUGAGUAGUAUAUAAUAAUGUGUCAAUUAUUUGUUUUGUGCAAUCCAAAUAAAUAGAUUAUUUUGCUUAACCAAAAUAAAUGUAUAAAAUUUAA